GUUUACAGCCCGUGUGCCGCCACACGGCAGACUGCGCUGUACGCGGCCUCAUAUCAUUUAUAAAAAUAAUAAUUACUAAGUUGAAAGUGUCGAUCAGACGGCUAAUGGAGGCGGGAGAGGAGCUCGGUCGAUGUGUUUAGGCCUGGGACAACAGUUUGAUCUCCACAGGGAGGAAUCGUGCACCGAUGCCCGUUUAAAUGGAUGCUAUGCUUGUGUAGAUGUGACGCUGUGUACGUGGAUGACAUCUAAAUGAAAGCUAACGGCGACAGGAGUGUAAUGCACGCGUUCCUGUGAUGCCCCAGGGUGGGCUGAGCUGGUCGGGGUUGCGAUGCCUUACGUGGACCGACAAAAUCGCAUCUGCGGUUUUCUGGACAUCGAGGAGAUUGAGAGCAGCGGCAAGUUCCUGCGGCGAUACUUCAUCCUGGACACUCAGCAGGGCAACCUGCUGUGGUACAUGGACAACCCUCAGAAUCUGCCUAAAGGUGCAGAGAACGUGGGAUCUCUCAAACUCACCUACAUCUCCAAGGUCAGCGAUGCCACCAAACUCAGACCAAAGGCAGAGUUCUGCUUUGUUAUAAAUGCGGGAAUGAGGAAGUUUUAUCUGCAGGCCAACGACCAGCAGGAUUUGGUGGAAUGGAUCAGUGUUCUCAACAACGCUACCAAGAUUACUGUGCCAAAGCCAGGCGAGGGCCACACCGCCCACAUAGAGUUUCCCCAGGAAGGACUUGGAGCCAUGAAACAGGUCUCCUACAAGACUGAGAUUAUAGGAGGAGUCCCUAUCAUCACCGCUACACAGGAGCAGGGCGAGGGGCAGAACGGGGCAGAGCGUGGGGGUUUGAAGCGGGGUCAGAAUCAACUGCCAUACUUCCUGUCCAGGGGAAUGCAGGACCAGGCCAUGAUCAAGGUCGGAUACUGCGUCAAACAGGGAGCCUUGAUGAAGAACUGGAAGAGGAGAUACUUCAUGCUGGAUGAAAACGCUCUGAGCUACUACAAAUCUGACCUGGAAAGGGAGGCUUUGAGAGUCAUCCCAUUGAAGGAGAUUCACAAAGUUCAGGAGUGCAAACAGAGUGAGCUGAUGAUGAGGGACAACCUGUUCGAGAUGGUCACCAGCUCCAGAACCUUCUACAUACAGGCUGACAGUCCAGAGGACAUGCACAGCUGGAUUAAGGCCAUCUCAGGGGCGAUCGUGGCUCAGCGUGGCCCCGGACGCUCGGCUAACACUAUCCGUCAGGCCAGAAGGCUGUCCAGCCCUUGUAUACAGAGGUAUACGCCGUUCUGCAGUGGUGAAUGCAGCACGAGCACAAUGACCUCUCUUCUGCUUCCACCUGCUGGUACCCCUAUGAGGAACUACACCACCCACAAUCCUCCUCCAGCACCGCCACAGCGGGCCCUCAGCCUCACGCUGGACACGCACCACCAGGACAACUUCCUGGGCCUGCUACCGUGGAGGCUAAGCGGCGUCCAGUCGGUGAUGCUGCCCCUCCCCUCGGCGCGCUCCCGCCUGUCACUGCAGGAGACGGUGCGGUCUUCAAAGUAACGGAGGUGAAUGAGUCACCGUGGAAACAACACGGCGAAAUCAACCAGCUGGGCUUUGUUGGUGGCGGGGAGAAGCUGAACACUCGCCCCGCUGAGAAUUCUGACCUUAACGUGACCCUAAUUUGACGAUGACGAACAUGAUGGUGACGAUGAUUGACAAUCUCUAAAGGACACACACACAUAUACUGCACACACUUCUACAUGAGCUCCGUGUGCUGAGGCUGAGUUCUUAAAAACUACCCGACUGGCCAAAUAAUCCUUCAACAAAACUUCCUGGGACCAUUUUCUAUAUGUGUAGAAUAGGACCUUCGUCCUCUGCUGUUUUUUCCUUCACUUACGUCUUCCUGGUUGUUAUUAACAAAGUAUGGCUCCUGGCAAACAAAAAACAUGUUGUCGUGCAAAAAAACUAACUAAUUGUUAUUGUACAGUGAAGUUUUGUUUCGGUAGGGUGAAACCUGCUCAUUGCACAGCGAUGGGCGGCUUUCAUGAUUCUUGUAAGAAACAGACAAACCAAAGUUUGUUUUUCUACAGCAGCAGCUCAGAUGUUGCAAGCUGUUUAUACUGUCUGUGUCUGACUCUGCUGAGACACUGACUAAUCCAGCUUCUCAGUUUUAAGACAAUCCCGCUCGAUGUUAUAAACUCUUUAACCCAGAAUUGUCUCUCUCAUCUCCAGUAGAAAGGCUCAUCCUGUCAAACGUGUUUUAGCGAUUUUAGAGCUCCAAAGUCCAGAUUCACUGAGGUUGCAUUUCUGGGGAUGUCUGCACAGUGUUUUCAUCUUAUUUACCAAGAAAUGUACUGCUGUUGUCGUCCCUAAUGUCUCAAAUGUCAGAAUUUCAAAAAUAAGAAGGAAUAAACUUCUUCAAGACAUAAUGAAGGUAAUUAAUGGAUUUAAAAAAGUAUUUUUAAGCCCAAGGGCCUGCUCACACAAGCAUUUAUAACAUGCAGGUUAAUUUCAGUGUAAUCGCUGUGAUUCAUCAGUGGCUUCACUUAUAGAGGUGAAGUUAUUCUGCAUGGAGCUUCUGCAUAGAGUUAAACUUUUGUGAGUUUUGAGACGAUGGUACAUCUCUCUUUUGAAUGCACUCUGGAAACAUAUUCCAUAGUCUGUGAUUGUGCUAACUAGCUUGCUAACUGGUAGGUAGCUUCCUGGUUCCAAGCCAGCUAGUUUAACGGGCUUAAGUGGUACUUCACCGAGCUUCCAGCGCCGCCCUUUCUGCAAGCCACAUUCUGGUCUGCCCGUGCACUAAGAUGCAUUUAGUUCAUAAGCUGAACAUUAAAAGUGAACAUUCGCAAAGUUUAAGUGCUGUUUCACCCAACUGCGGCAUCAUUUUGGGUUUAUUCUUUGUUUUGAUAUGAGGACUGAAAACCUAGUUGGUGUGACUGUGAUGUACUCACAGUCUAUAUCUCCAGCAGUGAAUUAUUUAAAUUUACCGUGUACAAAAUUGAUCUCAAACAAAGAGAAGAGAUGCAAAUUUAGAUUGUCAAUCUUUCAACAUUUAAAUUACCAAAGCAGUGCCACGGUACAUGACUUUGAUAAAUAACUUGACAUUGUGCACUUUUCGCUUUGCAAACCACCAGAGAAUCUGAGCUGAAGCUUUUUAAUGUUUAAGAUAAGACGACUUAAAGCAGCAUUAAUAAAAGGACCUGCUGCUGUGGACUGAAGUGUUGAGGAGCUGAUAUUCAUUCUGCUCACCACCUUUACUCACCUCACUCCUGUACAUUCAUUUUACCGCUCCUUUGUAACUCCAUCAGAUGUUGAUGUGUUUGUUUUAGUAGUUUUAGUUUAAAGAUGCGGGGAGACAAGAAACCAAACUCAUAUUGUGUAUUUUUUGAUCUGUAAAUGUUGUUUUCGGAGCUGCAGGCAGGGUUGGAAGUGUUCUUCCUGUUGGCUCCCAGGCUGCACACUCUUCGUUGGAAACUGGUUGUGGGUGUUUUUUCUGUUCUGAUGUGCUUUUGAUUAUAUUAUUUACAGUGAUGAGAUGUUUUUGAGGAAAAAGAACUACAUUUAUAUGUUGUUUACUGACUUUUAUAAACACGUGUGCAUGACUGCAUGCACACAACCACCCUGCACCCCCACUGCUGUUGUUCCCUGUUAAACGUAAGCUGGGUUAAGUGCCUGCAUUGUUCUUUCUAAAGAUUUGAUGAAAUAUGACGAGCUGUUUUGACCCUUUUUAGUGUGUACUUGAUUCUAAGACCAUGGUUCAUCUGUUUAUUAAAAGAUAUUUGAAAAUAA